CUGGGGUGUAUAUAGGAGCCCGGCUGAGGACACACUCACCAGCCUGCACUUUGCCACCUGAGCGCCGCUCCCUCUCAGGAUGAAGGUGACGGUGGGCCCAGACCCUUCCCUGGUCUACCGACCUGAUGUGGACCCAGAGAUGGCCAAAGACAAGGCCAGCUUCCGGAACUACACGUUGGGUCCCCUCCUGGACCGUGUCUUCACCACCUACAAGCUCAUGCACACGCACCAGACAGUGGACUUCGUCAGGAGCAAGCAUGCCCAGUUUGGGGGCUUCUCCUACAAGAAAAUGACAGUCAUGGAGGCUGUGGACCUGCUGGAUGGGCUGGUGGACGAGUCAGACCCAGAUGUAGAUUUCCCCAACUCCUUCCAUGCCUUCCAGACGGCGGAGGGCAUCCGGAAGGCCCACCCAGACAAGGACUGGUUCCACCUUGUUGGGCUCCUGCACGACCUGGGGAAAGUCCUGGCCCUGUUCGGGGAGCCCCAGUGGGCGGUCGUUGGAGACACCUUCCCUGUCGGAUGCCGUCCCCAGGCUUCCGUGGUUUUCCGCGACUCCACCUUCCAGGACAACCCUGACCUCCAGGAUCCUCGAUACAGCACAGAACUCGGCAUGUAUCAGCCCCACUGCGGGCUCGACAGGGUCCUCAUGUCCUGGGGCCAUGAUGAGUACAUGUACCAGGUGAUGAAGUUUAACAAGUUCUCACUGCCCCCGGAGGUAGGUGGGGGGACGGGCAGCCUGGCCCCGGCCACCAGGCCCUGUCCCGCAGCCCUGAGACAGCUGCUGGGUAUGGCUUGCCCACAGGCUUUCUACAUGAUCCGGUUCCACUCCUUCUACCCCUGGCACACGGGCAGCGACUACCAGCAACUGUGCAGCCAGCAGGACCUGGCCAUGCUGCCCUGGGUACAGGAGUUCAACAAGUUCGACCUCUACACCAAGUGCCCGGACCUGCCGGACGUGGACAAGCUGCGGCCCUACUACCAGGGGCUCAUUGACAAGUACUGCCCUGGCAUCCUGAGCUGGUGACCCUCCUGCCACCCAAGCUGCUGCUGGACCCAGGCCUGGCCCUCCGCCUGCCUGGAGAGGUCUGGCCCUGGGCAGAUAGCCGCCAUCAGGGUUCACCUUGGUGGGGGACCCCACUCACCCCCUUAGGGUCGCCACCCCUCGUGGCAACUUGUGCCUGGCGGCAAUAAAGACCUGGAAGGACACUGUGCUUCUG